AUGUGGCAGUUAUUUCUGAUAAGCUUAGUGGUGUCAGUACACGGAAGGUACGAGAAUGUUAACAUUAAGCAGGAUUGGUGGCCGACAGCUGCCUUCUACCAGAUUUACGUGCGUUCCUUCAUGGACAGUGAUGGCGAUGGAAUAGGAGAUAUUAAUGGCAUCACUUCAAGACUAGAAUACUUCAAAGAGAUAGGUAUAGACGCUCUAUGUCUAUCGCCAAUAUACAAGUCACCUAUGCAUGAUUUUGGAUUCGAUGUCUCGGACUACUAUGCCGUACACCCGGACUAUGGAACUAUGGAGGAUUUCGAGCAACUUCUGAAGAAAGCUAGUGAUAUGAGUAUAAAAGUAGCAAUGGAUUUUGUACCUAAUCACACGAGCAACGAAAGUGAAUGGUUCAUCAAAUCGGCCAGCAAGGAUGAGUACUACAGCGAUUGGUACAUCUGGGAAAAGGGACAUCUUGACCCGAGCGGUGAGAGGAAGCCGCCGAAUAACUGGAUCAGUAUGUUCAGAAAGAGUGCUUGGACCUACAUGCCGUCUAGAGACCAGUACUAUUUGCAUCAGUUUGGAAGUUCGCAGCCCGACUUAAACUAUAGAAACCCUGUGGUUGUCGAAGAAAUCAAGACUAUAAUAAAAUACUGGCUAGAAAAAGGCGUAGUGGGAAUGCGUAUGACAUCAAUCAACUUUAUUUUCGAAGUUGACAAGGACAAUUAUGGUGGAAGGUAUCCUGACGAGCCCAGGACAGGGAAACCAGGAGUCGGACCAGAAGAUUACACCUACCUCAACCAUGUCUAUACCAAAGACUUGGAAGAUACGUACGAGCUGGUGUCCCAAUUCAGAGAAGUGUUCGACAGUAUAUCUGUUAGAGACAACUUGACACGAGUUAUGAUAACCGAGGCGUAUACGGGUAUUAAAAAUGCAGUACGGUAUUACGGCGAAGGAAACCACGCCGGGGCACAUAUUCCGACGAAUUUUGCUCUCAUUGAAGACUUGGCUAAAGACGCUGAUGCUAGAGAUAUCAAGUACACGGUCGACCGCUGGAUGUCUUAUAAGCCGUUAAGGAAAAAGGCAAAUUGGGCGACUGGUAACCAGGACAAGAACAGAAUAGCUUCACGUUUCCGUGGCGAGCUGGUCGACGCAUUCAACAUGCUCGUACUAUUACUUCCAGGAAUUGCUAUCACGUACAUGGGAGAAGAAAUCGGUAUGGUAAAUGGUUUUGUGCCGUGGAGCGAGACGAAAGACCCUUUGGCCUGCAACACGGACGACCCUGUCAAUUUCAUCGAAGUAUCUCGUGACCCUGUUCGGACCCCUUUCCAGUGGAGUCCCAGCAAAAACGCAGGUUUCUCAAAUGCCGAAAUAACCUGGCUUCCCGUUGCUGAUGGAUCUGACGUAAUCAACGUGGCUACUCAGCGCUCAGCAGUACGAUCCCACUAUCAAGUGUUCAGAACCCUCACUGGGUUGCGUACCCGUCCAGCUUUUAAAUUUGGACGCUAUGAGUCUCUUGCUCUGAGCAACGAGGUAUUUGCUUUCAAAAGGUGGUACAACGAUGACACCUACGUAGUGGUACUGAAUGUCGGCAAGACUUACCGCGUGGUCAACUUGACAGCUUUCGACCUGGUCUUCGGCCAACUCGAAGUGGAAGCUAGCAGUGUUCUCUCCUCUAGAACUUUUAGUGAUAACGUCCAGGCGAAUUAUUUGGAUCUAGCUGCCGAUGAAGCUCUAGUUCUAAGGAUGCAGGUGUAA